UACGAACAGCUUCACUGUCUUUUAUUCCCCGGUCAUCAUCACACAUGGAGGGGCUACGCAUGUUUCUGGUCGUUCUCUUAGGAGUUGUUUCUUACAGUCAUGGUUGGAUUUCUGGACCAGUGUUGGAGGUGACAGUAAGACCAGGAGACAACAUCACUCUCUACUGUGACUGCAAAUUAUCAAGUGGAGUAUACAUAGUGUGGUACAGAAACUGCUCUCACGAGAACCAGCCUUCUCUUGUCCUUGAAUUAAAAGCUAAUUCACAUGUGUUCACCGUUCUCCCUGGUUUUCAAUUUGUGAGAAACUAUUCCUCUGCCUCCUAUGACCUCUUGAUCAUGAACGUCACUGAUGCAGAUGAGGGUCUCUACUACUGUGGAACUAAACAGAUCAAGGUGGAGGACAAAGAAUUCAUCACUCCCAGAUAUGAUUACAGAUAUGGCAACGUCACAACAAGGAUCGGGAUCAUAGUCAAUUCCAGCCUUGACUCCAGUGGGUGCAUCUCAAGUCUUGUGCCUUCUGUGUCCUGGGUGAUGGUGUUCACUCCAGCCCUCAUGAUCCUCUCCUCCUUCCUCUCCUUUAUUCUGAUUCAUCACUUCUGUCAGAAAGCAGACAAGGAACGUCAAAUUCUCCAGAAAAGACCUGACGCCUGGGCACAAACAAGUUGGAAUAAGGAUGAAGAUGUGUAUUCAACACAAGUUGUGUUUCGGGCUAAGGAAGAAUAAACACAACGACAGAGAAUGGAGCGCACAGGCACAUUAGCUUUAUUCAUGCAGAAACCACACAGAAUGAAAUGAGUUAAAAUUCAAAUUGUUCAAAUUCAGGACCAGUUGUCCUUUCUUCUUGUUUUUUUAUGUAGGUAAUGUCCUGUGGUUUAAGACACUGCUGCAAGUGAGUGAUUUGUGGCUUGUGUGCACAUGUGGUUUGUUAUCAACCAGCAACAGCAAUCUAUUUUUCUGCCUUAUAUAUACAUUUUCACAGGCUGCUUGAAACAUACUUUUCUUAUAGUAACGUUCUCAUCAUGUUAGGCCUGUGUUCAAGCUUAAUUACAUCUUGUUUUUAUUUUGAGUAAAUAAAAAUUUUGAGUAUAUAUAGUAACAAGAGUGAGUUAUACUGUUUUACACAUAGAAAGUAUUAAAUGUUUUACACAGAUUUCUAAAUAUAA